CCUUAGCAUAGCACAAGACACCUUCCUGGACGAGAUCUGACUACCAGUGACCCUUCCACCAUCAACCAGACCAGCAGCCCGGGCUAGUGUACGACACUGGGUUCGAGACUAUUUCCGCCCUUGCAUUUCAUCAUUGGUAUAUACAACAUCGAUACAGAGAGUUGCAGCCGGGUGCUUGAAGGCGCAACAACUAGACCUUUGUCAUGCGACUACCAAUAUGUACGGCUACUAUUGCAUGUGCAACACUCUUUGCAACCUCGCUGGCUGUGCCGACUACAAAGGCCACUCAUCAGAAGACUGCACAACAACAAGCGGACAAGGCUAAGCGGAGAGACGACGAGGGAGCAAAGUAUUUCCAUGAGCCUGGAAACGAUGAUACGCUCGGCCAUUAUGAUGCACGCUACUUCCACGGCGUCGUCUCAGACGAAGAGCGAAUGGACACGCAGUCGCACAUGGUCCGCGCAUACCUCAACUUCUUUCAUGACAAGGGGUUGGAUACUUGGAUCGCACACGGGACGCUACUCGGGUGGUGGUGGAACGGAAAGCGCCUCCCAUGGGACUUCGAUCUCGACACACAGGUCUCCGAAUCCACGCUCCACCACCUCGGCUCGGCCUACAACCAGACCAAGCACCUCUACACCUCGCCAGACGGCAAGACUGAGCGCGAGUUCCUCCUCGAUGUCAACCCGUGGAUAUGGGAGCGCGAGCGCGGCGACGGCAUGAACAUCAUCGAUGCGCGAUGGAUCGAUGUCCGCAACGGUCUGUACAUCGACAUUACCGGUCUCAGCGAAGUAUAUCCGGACACGGAACCAGGGGUCUGGAGCUGCAAGAACUACCACUUGUACAAGACGACUGACUUGUAUCCAAUGCGGGAGACAAUGUUUGAGGGCGUCAUGGCCAAGGUGCCGUAUGAUUACGACAAGAUACUGGUGGAUGAGUAUAGUCAGAGCGCGCUUGUUUCUACGGAAUUCCAUGGACAUGGAUGGGAUUCGAAGCUUAAGGAGUGGGUGAAGACCCAAGAGACAAUACAGAGAGAGGAAGAGACGCGGAUGAUGAAGAUAGAGGAGGAUAAGAAGAAGGCGUUGGAGCACGCGAAGCUGGACUAGUGGGCUAGCUGGCCUUGAUCAUUCAGCAUUGAGCGUUGAGCGUUACUGCCUUUCAGUUUUGAAGGUGUUUAGCAUAGCCGGUACAUCGUUCCUCUGGGUUUUUGGCUUUUGAAAGAGGCUUCAUCGCUUGCAUACCUAUGGAUACCCUCGGCGUUUGGAGUUUGUUGUUGGACCAGAUCCUAGACGUCACCGCAGUUCCUAUCAAUACACAGUCUUCGUCACCCUAGGUGUUUCUCUGACAGAAGCCUGAAUCAUUGUGGUGUUGGUGGUAGACGGUAGAAUGGGGCUCGCAUCGGAUUUAGCUUGAUGACAAAUCUCCGGGCGACGCA